AUGGAGAAAGGGACAGAGGAGCAAAAGGAACAAGCGACUCAUGCACUCAAGCAUCUCGUCUUGAAGAAAGACGUGGCUGCCAACUCCGACAGAUUCACGAGUCCAUUGGUUGGGUAUUUACGCGCGUGGAUCAAUUCUGAGAACGCGAAUGUGGCUGCGGCUAUCAACACGCUGGAAACUAUGCGUAAAGGAUUCGUCCCGCUUUUCCACCGUCUAGCGAAGGCGACUGAAGCGUAGUCUCAGUCUGAGUCAACACUACCUAUAGAUCCAGCGCUGGAUCCUGCUGAUGCGAAUGCAGAAAGCAGCACGCACGCCUCGCCUAACGCUUGGUUAUCUGCCAAGAUUAUGCGAACUGUCUCCAUAAAAUAUCAAUAAAAUGUAAUUAUCUUGAGACUUCAAGUGUGAAGGCGAACAAAC